CUGCGUGGAUGGAUGAGGUCAGCGCUGUGGUGUCGGGGAAUGGAAUGUGUAAGUGUAACAUUCAGAACCGGGUAACGUUCGGAGAUCGAACUCUGCGAUCGGCGACGUUCGAACCGGGGCAGGCAGCCUCCUCCGUGCUUCGGCAGCUCGCACCUCAUUGACUAACUGGGGGGGCGGGGGCAAAGAGGAGGAGGAGGAGGAAGAAGGAGGAGGAUCUUCGCUGCUUCGGCUGGUUCCAUCCCGGGGGCCAUUCACAGAGAUCGCGGAGAGAGGGGUAAACAGCACCAGAGUCUAGGAGCUCCUCUGCAGAAGAGAAUAAAGAGAAAUGCAGGGAUUUGUAAGGUUACGGCGCUCAAGCUGGAAGAUGUGAUAAUGAUAGCGGUGUGAACCGGCGCUGGCUGUGAGCUGUUGCUGACUUGCUCUGGAACCGGGGGGCUUGGUUAUUGCGGGAGUGUUUUGGAUGAGUUGAAGUUGCUGCUGUACCUUGAUCGUUUGCAACACUAGAGAGAGAAAGAGUGGGGGAGGGGAAAUACACUCCGUCUUGCAACUGAUUGAGGGGUGAAGGGAGCUGGAUUUGGUGCUUAUUUCAUUUGUGUGUGUCUGUGUCUGUGGGUGCAUGCAAGAGAAUUCCCAGCCCUUUGCCUUCCAAGCCCGGGCUGGGCGUGAAUUAUUCGCCUUCGCUGUUUCUCUCUCUCUCUCUAUUGUGCGAGCCAAAGAUGAAAGACAGAAGAGGAGAAAGUUAAAGAAAUCGCCCACAUGCGCUGCAUCAGUCCAAGGCUUUGGGAAAGGAAUAAAGAGAAGGUGGUAGAAGAGAGUUUGAAGUCUUUGCAGGCGGGAAGAUGGCGGACUGGAGCUGAAAGUGUUGAUUGGCAAACUUGGGUGAUCCUUGUGUUUAUUUACAAUCAUCUUGACCCAGAUAGGACACAUGCAGGCCAAAAAACGCUAUUUCAUCCUGCUCUCAGCUGGCACUUGUCUCGUCCUUUUGUUUUACUUCGGAGGCUUGCAGUUCAGGGCAGCGAGAAACCAAAGCAGGAGAGAGGAGCACAGUAGCAGGAAUGGCUUGCACCACACCAGCCCGGAUCACUAUUGGCCCCGAUUCCCGGACGCUUUGCGCCCCUUCAUUCCUUGGGAUCAAUUGGAAAACGAGGAUUACAAUGUGCACAUUUCCCCUAGGCAGAAGAGAGACGCCAAUUCCAGCGUCUACAAAGGCAAGAAGUGCCGCAUGGAGUCCUGCUUCGAUUUCACCCUUUGCAAGAAAAACGGCUUCAAAGUCUACGUGUACCCGCAGCAGAAAGGGGAGAAAAUCGCCGAAAGUUACCAAAAUAUUCUAGCAGCCAUCGAGGGAUCCAGGUUUUACACUUCCGAUCCGAGCCAAGCUUGCCUGUUUGUUCUGAGCUUGGAUACCUUAGACAGAGACCAGUUGUCACCCCAGUAUGUGCACAACCUGCGAUCGAAAGUGCAAAGCCUCCACUUGUGGAACAAUGGUAGAAAUCAUUUAAUUUUUAAUUUAUAUUCCGGCACCUGGCCCGAUUACACUGAAGACGUAGGGUUUGAUAUUGGCCAGGCGAUGCUGGCUAAAGCUAGCAUCAGUACUGAAAACUUCAGACCGAAUUUCGAUGUUUCUAUUCCGCUCUUUUCUAAGGAUCAUCCUAGGACAGGAGGGGAGAAGGGAUUUCUAAGGUUUAACACCAUCCCUCCUCUCAGGAAGUACAUGUUGGUAUUCAAGGGGAAAAGGUACCUGACAGGGAUAGGGUCAGACACCAGGAAUGCCUUAUAUCACGUCCACAACGGGGAGGAUGUUGUCCUCUUGACCACCUGCAAGCAUGGCAAAGACUGGCAAAAGCACAAGGAUUCGCGUUGCGAUAGAGACAACACCGAAUAUGAAAAGUAUGAUUAUCGUGAAAUGCUGCACAAUGCCACUUUCUGUCUGGUUCCCCGUGGCCGCAGGCUUGGAUCCUUCAGGUUUCUGGAGGCUUUGCAGGCUGCCUGUGUCCCAGUUAUGCUUAGCAAUGGAUGGGAGUUGCCAUUCUCCGAAGUGAUUGAUUGGAACCAAGCUGCCGUCAUAGGGGAUGAGAGAUUGUUAUUACAGAUUCCUUCUACAAUCAGGUCUAUCCAUCAGGAUAAAAUCCUAGCACUUAGACAGCAGACACAGUUCUUGUGGGAGGCUUAUUUUUCUUCAGUUGAGAAGAUUGUAUUGACCACACUAGAGAUUAUUCAGGACAGAAUAUUUAAGCACAUAUCACGUAACAGUUUAAUAUGGAACAAACAUCCUGGAGGGUUAUUCGUAUUGCCACAGUAUUCCUCAUAUCUGGGAGAUUUUCCUUACUACUAUGCUAAUCUAGGUCUCAAACCCCCCUCCAAGUUCACUGCCGUUAUCCAUGCAGUAACUCCCUUGGUAUCCCAAUCUCAGCCUGUGCUGAAACUCCUGGUUGCUGUAGCCAAGUCCCAGUACUGUGCACAGAUCAUUGUUUUAUGGAAUUGUGAUAAACCCCUCCCAGCCAAACACCGCUGGCCUGCCACUCCUGUGCCUGUCAUAGUCAUCGAAGGGGAGAGCAAGGUUAUGAGCAGUCGCUUCCUACCUUAUGACAACAUAGUCACAGAUGCUGUGCUAAGCCUUGACGAGGACACCGUGCUUUCAACCACCGAGGUGGAUUUUGCCUUUACAGUAUGGCAGAGUUUUCCGGAGAGGAUUGUAGGGUACCCUGCUCGCAGUCACUUUUGGGAUAAUACUAAGGAGAGAUGGGGCUAUACAUCCAAAUGGACUAAUGACUAUUCCAUGGUAUUGACAGGAGCUGCUAUUUACCACAAAUAUUAUCACUACCUGUACACUCAUUACCUGCCUGCCAGCCUGAAGAAUAUGGUGGACCAACUGGCCAAUUGUGAGGACAUUCUAAUGAAUUUUUUGGUGUCCGCUGUGACAAAACUGCCUCCAAUCAAAGUAACACAGAAAAAACAGUAUAAGGAGACCAUGAUGGGGCAGACUUCCAGGGCUUCCCGCUGGGCUGACCCAGAUCAUUUUGCCCAGCGGCAGAGCUGCAUGAACACUUUCGCCAGCUGGUUUGGCUAUAUGCCGCUGAUCCAUUCUCAGAUGAGGCUUGACCCUGUCCUCUUUAAAGAUCAGGUCUCCAUCCUGAGGAAGAAAUAUCGAGACAUUGAACGACUUUGAGGAGCCCUGCUGAGGGGCCUGAACUGUUCUCCAUGCCCAGUGCAGAUCCACGGACACUUGGAGCCAGACUGUAACGAGGACAAAAACACAUGCAAGUGGAAAGCAGAGUUGUGUGGCUCCAAGGAAUCAUUGUGCUGGACUGCUUCAAACCACCUCCCAGGCUUCUGUCGUUCAAGACUAGGUUGUGUACAGUUUCAUUAUGGAACAUUAAAUAAUUAUUUUUGAAAUGAUUGCUAUGCAGGUUAAAACUUUUUUAAUGAUCAAAAAAACCCACAACUAUUAAAAACAGAGUUCUUUCUUUAAUCAAAA